AUGGCUGAGCACGUCGCGAUCCCCAUCGAGAAGGAGCAGCUGGCCUCCAGCAAUAGCACCAACGGCCAAAAUGCCUCCUUCAGGCACCAGGACUACUCCGCCCCCGAGGGCUUGAUGAUCCACCCCGGUCAGAUCAGGCCGUUCGAGCACCGAAAGUUUGCCAAUCCCGCUCCUCUGGGUCUCAGCGCUUUCGCCCUCACCACUUUUGUCCUCUCUGCCGUCAACAUGCAUGCUCGUGGUGUUAAGACUCCCAACAUUGCUGUGCCCCUCGCUUUCGGUUAUGGUGGUCUUGUCCAGCUUCUGGCUGGUAUGUGGGAAAUGGCCGUUGGUAACACCUUUGGUGCCACCGCCCUCUCCUCCUACGGCGGCUUCUGGAUUUCCUACGGUCUUCUCCUCUCCCCCGGCUUCAACAUCCUCGACACCAAGACCGGCCCUUACUCUGCCAACCCCUCCGACGUCAGCUCCGUCGUUGGCUUCUUCCUGACCGGCUGGUUCAUCUUCAACACGCUCCUUCUCCUCUGCACGCUCAAGUCGACGGUCAUGUUCUUCCUCCUCUUCUUCACGCUCGACCUUGCCUUCCUCUUCCUCGCCUGCGAGAACUACGCCGCCAAUAACGGUGCCAUGGCUGCUAAGGACGGUCUUCAGAUCGCCGGUGGUGUGUUUGGUAUGCUGGCUGCCUUCUUGGCGUGGUACAACGCUCUUGCUGGUAUCCAGGAUUCUAGCAACUCCUUCUUCCAGGUCCCCGUCUUCCCUCUUCCCUGGUCUGACAAGGCCAAGGCUGAUCGCGCUGCUAAGGCUGCUGCCCACACCGUCUAA